CGCAUCUACGGCUUUAAACUUGCUAGACGCUACAAACUUGGCCAGCCAAUUUUUAUUUUUUCCAAUAACACACUCAAACCAUCAUAAUCAUUUCUAGUCCUCACCAUGGCGGCUUCACUUACGGCUGCUUUACCAAAGCCGAAAUAUACUGGCGAGGAUGAAGAUAUACCAGCUCACGCGCAGCAGCGUGGUCCUCGAAUUGUCGGUGCUGGUCAAAUAGACGAAUCGCAAAUAGUUCUUCGAAGAACCGGUCCGCCCCCAUACGGUCAGCGUGCAGGAUGGCGGCCAAGAGGACAGGAAGAUUUUGGGGAUGGAGGUGCUUUCCCAGAGAUUCCCAUCGCGCAGUAUCCCUUAUCGAUGGGCAAAGAGUCUGGUAAAAGCAAUGCUCUGGCAAUUCAAGUCGAUGCCUCUGGAAAGGUCAAAUACGAUGCUAUCGCGAGACAGGGUCACGGCGAGGGGAGGAUAGUUCAUUCGUCAUUUAAGGAUCUCAUUCCGCUUCGACAACGUGCAGAUGCAGGCGAGAUUAAUCUAGAGAGACCUAGCGAGCAAGAGGUAGCGGACACAAAAGAACGGACAGCAAAAGCUCUUGCCGCGCUCGUUAGCGGUGCCGUCGCAGCCCAGAAGCCUAAGAACGUCAAUGUUGGAUCACGAAAAGACCCUACUUUUGUGCGCUACACGCCAGCAAAUCAAAUGGGAGAUAACUCGAAGAAGCAGGACAGAAUCAUGAAGAUCGUGGAGAGGCAAAAGGAUCCCAUGGAACCGCCUAAGUUCAAGCACAAGAAGAUCCCGCGUGGUCCUCCUAGCCCUCCGCCACCUGUGAUGCACUCACCACCAAGAAAGUUGACCGCCGAAGACCAAGAAAUGUGGAAAAUCCCGCCCCCAGUAUCGAAUUGGAAGAAUCCCAAGGGUUUCACAGUCCCUCUCGAUAAGCGAUUGGCGGCGGAUGGCAGAGGAUUACAAGAUGUUACAAUCAACGACAAGUUCGCGCAAUUCUCAGAGGCGCUCUUCAUGGCAGACCGACAUGCGAGAGAAGAAGUCCGCCAGCGAGCACUUAUGCAACAAAGACUUGCCGAAAAAGAGAAGGCACAGAAGGAAGAGAACCUACGUAUGCUUGCGCAGAAAGCUCGAGAAGAGCGUGCUAGCGCGUCAAAACGUCGCGACUCGAGAACCUCCCGCGAUUCACGGUCUAGGUCCCGGUCACGCAGCUACAGUUAUUCGGAUUCUGGCUCAGAAAGUGAUGAUUCAGACGUCCGCGAAAGAGAAAGGGCCCGCCAAGAGAAACGGCGGGAAGAGGAACGCAAACUUCGCCAGUCUCGCAUGGGUGCAGAAAGGCGGAUCCAAGUUAUGGCAAGAGAGCAGGGCCGUGACAUUUCUGAAAAGAUUGCGCUUGGCCUGGCAAAACCCACACAACAAGCCGAGUCUAUGUACGACUCACGUUUAUUCAACCAGUCGAGCGGUUUCGACAGUGGUAUCAACGAAGAUAAUCCGUACGAUAAACCGCUCUUCGCAGCACAAGAUGCCAUAAGCAGUAUCUAUCGACCAAGCCAGAAUAUGGACGAUUAUGAAGAUGAAGGGGCUGGAGACCGAGAGAUGGCUAAGAUUCAGAAAACGAGUCGUUUUGGCGAGGUACUGGGUAAAGGGACCUUUAAAGGGGUUGGAGACGCAGAGGUACGGGAAGGACCGGUUCAAUUCGAGAAAGAUACAGCUGGCACCGACCCUUUUCAGAUGGACAAAUUCAUGGCCGAGGUGGACCAGAGUUCUUCCUCCAAGAGAGGUUAUGGAUUGCAGGAGGGAGAGUCGAGGCAACCGAAACGUGCUCGAGUGGACGAGGACGACUAAAGGGCCACCAUACCUUAAUAUUUAUCAUACAUUGUCCCUGCACGUAUAAUGCGACCUACCUACCUAGGUACAUUUGGUUAGAAAAGCUGGGGAAUUACUACAUAGCGUGUAUCUAUAUAAUCUGAUGGUUCUCGUCACCAGAGCCACUAUUUUUCUCCCAGUCCUUGACGGCAGUCCUGCCACAUCAAAUCGGUACCAGUACACAACUAGUCGGGCCCGUUUAUUCAGAAGUUAACGACGUUCUAGCGAAUACGCACCUGAUAAGUAGAAUAAGGUGGUGUACUUGUCAAAGUUUCGGUACACGGUUCGUUUAGGGAAUACAUCACCAACUUAUGAGAAUACGCUAAUUAGAAUGUU